AUGCCUCAAAUUCUGGGGAAAGAAAUUGGUCCUAUCGGCUACGGCUUGAUGGGCUUGACCUGGAGGCUAAACGCCAAAGAUGUUGAGGAAUCAAUCCAAGUGAUGAAGACCGCCCUGGACGCUGGGUGCAACUUCUGGAAUGGAGGCGAAUUUUAUGGAACACCAGAAUACAACUCUCUCCAUCUUCUUAAUCAGUACUUUACCAAGUAUCCUGAAGAUGCGGAUAAAGUUAUUCUGUCUAUCAAAGGUGCACUCUCUCAUGCUGGUGGGGGACCCGAUCCAAGCCCUGAGGGCAUCAAGAGAUCUGUGGAGAACUGCUUGAAGGUACUGGACGGGAAAAAGAAAAUUGAUUUGUUCGAGAGUGCAAGGAUGGAUAAGAAGACUCCGAUCGAGGAUACUGUCAAGGCGAUAGAUGACUAUGUCAAAGCUGGCAAGAUAGGAGGUAUUUCGUUGAGCGAGGUUUCAGCAGCUACCAUCCACAGAGCGGCCAAAGUCGCCAAAAUUGCAGCUUGCGAAGUGGAGCUCUCCAUGUUCUCAUUGGAUAUAUUGAACAACGGCGUUGCGGCUGCGUGUGCAGAGCAUAAUAUUCCUAUCGUUGCUUACUCACCACUUUCCCGGGGGUUGUUAACAGGAGACAUUAAAACCCCAGCGGACCUUGCUGAGACUGAUAUGCGUCACCAUUUCCCACGGUUCCAAGGAGAGAACUACGCGAAGAACUUGGAGCUUGUCCAAAAGGUGGAGGAACUUGCACGGGAGAAGGGCUGCACACCAGCACAACUCGCCAUCAAUUGGGUCAGGCAUCUCUCCAAGAGGGAUGGCAAUCCAGAAAUCUUCCCUAUUCCGGGAGCUACGAAGGUAGACCGUGUUUUAGAGAACUCGAAGGUUGUCGAACUAAGUAAUGGGGAGGCUGCUGCCAUCUAUUCCAUACUGAAGAAGUUCGAGGUGGCCGGAACCCGUUAUCCUGCUACACACUCGACAUUCUUAGAGGGGUGA